AUGACGAAGGAGUUCGAGAUGACGGAUCUUGGUCUGAUGAGGUAUUUUCUUGGUCUGGAGGUCAGACAAGACAAAUCCGGGAUCUUCGUCUCUCAGGAAGCCUAUGCAAAAGGAAUUUUAGAGAAGUUUAAAAUGACAGACUGCAACCCAGUUUCAACGCCAAUGGAACCCGGGUUGAAACUUUCAAAGUAUGAUGGAAGAGAGAGAGUUGAUCCGAGUUACUACCGAAGUCUAGUUGGAAGUCUGAGGUACUUGAGGUGUACGAGGACGGAUCUGUGUCUGAGUGUUGGGAUCAUAAGUCGAUUUAUGGAAGACCCGGGGUGCACUCACUGGAAGGCGGCUAAGAGAAUUCUGAGAUAUGUGAAGGGAACAAUCUCACAAGGACUUCAUUACUCGAAGUCGGACAAAUACAAGUUGACUGGUUAUUCAGACAGUGAUUGGUGCAGAGAUGUUGAUGAUAGAAAGACCACGGCUAGCUAUGUGUUUUUCAUGGGAAACACGGCUUUCACGUGGGUAUCAAAAAAAGAACCCAUUGUGACCCUGUCUACAUGUGAAGCCGAGUAUGUUGCGGCAUCUUGGUGUGUUUGCCAUGCAAUAUGGCUAAGGAAUUUACUAAGCAAGCUGGAGCAAGGGCAAGUCGACGCAACCGAAAUCCGAGUUGACAACAAGUAUGCAAGAUGGGAAUGA